UACCUACCCCACCUACUACUAAUUGCACGUCACGUCAUGUACCAAACUCUCUCACUCACAAUUUUGCUCCCUCCUCCUCCAACUCCAACACGAACACGAAAAUCAAUGGCUUUGCAAAUGCAGCAGUCCUCCUUCAGAAUCUACGCACCAUCCACCACCGAUGCACGCAGCGGACUCUCCCCGUUCAGAACCGUGGCUGUUCGCCGGUUAACGGCAAACCGUGGAGUCGUCAGAUGCAGCGGCGGAGACGCCGCGAAGAAAAAAGCAGUUCCUAAUUCGAACUACGUAGUUCCUAUGGACAAAUUCUCAUCCUCUUCUUCAAUUACUCGGCCUUUGAUUGAGAUACUUCGUGACCUUAACAAGAAGAUUCCUGAUAACAUUGUUAAGAGCCAUGAUCCUCCCUCUACUACUGCUGCUGCUUCUGGCUUUAUCCCUUGGUACCAUGCAAAUCGGAUGCUUAGCUUCUAUGCUCCUGGUUGGUGUGGUGAAGUUAGAGAUGUUAUUUUCUCUGAGAAUGGUAAUGUCACUGUUGUUUAUCGUCUCACCAUUCGUGGCUCUGAUGGUGAGUUUUAUGUAAUGCAGGCACAUCGAGAAUCAACUGGGACAGUAAUAACGACUGAUGAUCACACUGAGGAUCCAGUUGCUGCAGCUGAGGAAAUAGCAUUCUGCAGAGCAUGUGCUCGAUUUGGUCUUGGCUUGUAUCUGUAUCAUGAAUAGUAGGCCAGUCAUUUCAAGUCUGCGCACCAGUGUUCAGUGACUUGUCCGUCAACUAGGCAGGACCCCUUCAUUGUGUGAUCUUUCUUUUUAUUUUUGACAUCCUUGUGUGAGAUGAUCUAGAGUACCAAAAAAUUAUGCAAUCGACACGAGUUUUUAUGUAUAACCGAGACACUUGCUGUUAUAUAUACUUACAUUACAUUAAAUAAAAUGCAUUGCCC